UUCACACAACACAUCACAAGCUCGAUAAAGAGAGAGUUUUGAGGGUUUUCUUGUACCUUUUAUAAGAAUUACUCUUAUAGAAACUUUACUUCUUCAUCAAUGGCUUAUUCUACGAUUGCUCUUCUCCUCCUCUUCAAUGUCAUCUUCUUCACUUUUGUCAGCUCGAGUUCAGUCCCUUGUCCACCACCACCGCCCAAGAAGCCCUCAACUUCAUCUCCUAACCACAAACCCACUUGUAAAGACGCUCUUAAACUUAAGGUGUGCGCUAACGUGUUGGAUUUGGUCAAGGUUUCUCUACCACCAACGUCCAAAUGUUGCGCUCUUAUCAAAGGUCUAGUUGAUCUUGAAGCCGCGGUCUGUCUUUGCACCGCCCUAAAGGCUAAUCUUCUUGGUAUCAACCUUAAUGUUCCCAUUUCUUUGAACCUUGUCCUAAACCAAUGUGGUAAGAAGGUUCCAUCUGGUUUCAAAUGUGCCUAGAGAUUACACAACUUCAAUUGAGAUUCUAUAUACCACAUUUCAUUCUUG